UCUACUGCCUACUUAGAGAAGGCUUACUUCCUGAUGUCGAUUUCUUAGCUAUUUGUCCUGGAAGAAGCUGAACUACGACUUGGCUUGUCGCAGAAUCUGCUACCGAAGUGUUUUUUUUUUAUUUCAAACCUUAAUAAAACCACAAAUUGAGUCUAUUAGUUACGGGAGGAAAUGUAAAGGUUCUUCACUCCCCUGAGAACUUCAAAGGACCGGCGCUCCAGUUACCGUACUAGAGGUAUCCCUAGCACACCCCGCUUUUUUCAUGCGAACGCAUUUCAAAAGAAAAGAAAAAACAUGUUGAGGAAAAUCCUGAUCCUCUGGCUUGCGGCUUUCGCGCAGCUGAAUAAGGUCUGUGCUCUACCAUACCAAGCAGAAGGUACCUCAUGCAAAAAUGACAACGAAUAUUUGAAUGAAGAAUUAAACCUGUGUUGUAGCAAGUGUCCUCCAGGGAAGCGCCUGAAAGUCAUGUGCACCCAAGGCAGAGACUCCGACUGUCAGCCUUGUCAACCGGGGACCUUCAGCAACAAGAUGAACUAUGCAAAUUGUCACAAAUGCCAGUCGUGCCGGACAGACGACAACUUAGUUUAUAUUCAGAACUGCACAAGCACAACAGCUGCAAUAUGUGGCUGCCAAGAAGGAUGGUACUGCCGCAGUGUGAUAUCCACGGAAUGUAAGGCGUGCAGUCGCUACACCAGUUGCCCACCUGGACAGGGAGUUUCCGUGAAAGGAGCACCAACCUCCAAUGUGAAAUGUAAGGCGUGUGACCCUGGGACCUACUCUGACAAACACUCCUACACCAAGCAGUGCCAGAGACACACUGACUGUACAUCCCAAGGGAAGGCUGUUCUUCACCAUGGCAACAGCACAGCAGACACAGUGUGUGAAGGUGCCACCCGACCUGUCAAUUCCUACUCAACGCCCGCAAGACCCGCUGAACCCUCUCAGAAACCUGAUGGAUUCAAGGGCUCCAUAUUUGUUAUCUGCGGGAUAAUUGGAACCAUGCUUGUGCUAACGGUGAUCAUCAUAGCCAUCACCUUGGCCUGCAGGAUAAAAGAUGGAAGAAACACUGACCAGGAAGUCAGUAAGAAAUUCCUUCCAACGAAGGAGAAGACCCGGCACCCUUCUUUCUCCUCCAGCUCCAGCCAAUCAGAGUCCAGUCAUGGUGUAUGGGUGGGGCCAGUAUCCAAGGAAAAAAACAAACUUAACGUCAGCUUCACGACCACCAUCAACCUGCAUCAGGGAGCUUCCACCCAGGCCCACCUCAUCCCCCCACUCUCGGCAGCAGCAGUGUCACCUGGAAAACUCAUUAAGACUGACUCCAACUUGUCCUUGUCCCAAGAAGAGAUGCUUGACACAUUUCAGAAGGAUGAGGGCAUGGAGGUGCCGGUGGCAGUACAGGAGAGCGGGAAGGCUGUGUGCUGAUGGACAUGGUAAGGGGGCAGUAGGCUGAGAGCCGCUUAGGACGUCCUUGCUGCUCUUUGCAUUCAUAGCAUCUCAUGGGCUCCCUUGUAUUCUCUCAGUUCACCUGACACUCAGCACACAGGGAAUGGACCAGCGGAGACAAGGGGUCAGACAAGGCAGAGGUGACCAUGAGGCUGGUUCUGUCAGCCUUUGAGGUCAUUGCUCAUCCUCUUGAGCGCUGAGGCGCCCAGCCGGCUUGUGCUGCCACCAUCACAGUGUUGCUCACAGCAGAGGCUGCUCUUACAUCCUGUCCAACAGCUCCUAGGUUUGAGCCUAAGCAGCCCCGCAGCCCCCGGCCAGCCGAAAACACCGUAAGACUGGCUAUCGCUCACCUGUGGGCAAUUACAGGGUGUGCGGAGGUAACAUUCACGCAACGGUUUUGGAAUUUCAUGUCUAUGCCACUUGCACUUUGAACAUUUUCUAGAUACACCUACAUGACACUGAGAAACAAUUGGCUGACAUUAUUUUUGUUUUAUUGUGUUUGUUUCAUUGAUUUUUAGUCAGAUAGCUGGUGGUUAAUUAGACUUUCCUUUGAUGGAGUGGCAUUUCCAAUAGAGGUAUACCUUACCUGUACUGAGUCUGUGAGGAUGAGAUAUUUUUGGAAAACAAGAGAUUUUAUCUGCAGUCUUCAAAGUGGAAUGUAUUAAACUAAAAAAACUGUAACAACCGUUAUGUCAAACACUUGUAUAGAAAUGAACACCUUCGUAUAGAUAGGUUUUUGUAAGCAAUGUCCUUAAUGUGCAAAUUGACCUGAUUCAUUCUUCUUGAGAACACAAGACGGAUGGCUCAUAAGGAACGUGUCAAAAAUGUGUCAUAGAAACAAAACAUUUAGUUUCACAUUAGUGUUGUGUAACGCUAAACUACUGUAGUGACAACAAUGGAUAUAUUUUGACGGCAUCUUGUCGCCAUUUAUAUGCAACACGAUUUAGUGUGUUGUGUACGGUGGACCGUCGAUCUUAUCAUUUUAAAUGCAACCUCUUUUUAAGACUUAUUACUUUUUUAUAUUCUUAUUUUUUGUUUUUUUUUUAUAAUUCUUUUAAAGAAUUAUCAGCCAGUUAUCUAACACUGGUAUUGUAGUAUUUUGAUACUACUUCACAGUAGUUUAGUGAAAACCAUUUAGUUUCUGUAAAAUAUUAAUGUUAAUCCUAUAAAAUGUUUUAUAUCAGCAUUAGGCUGAAGCAGUUAUGGAAACAUUGUAACCCCACUGGUAUAGUAGGGUGAGUAUUGUCACAAUGGCACAUCUGGCAAAAUUGGACAGUUAAACUUUGUGGUUAAUAUAUGUGUUUAGCAAUACUUUAUUUUCUCUUCUUUGGAGUGUUCAACGGGCAUUAGUGUAUUUAGAAUGAUAUCAGAUUGGGAUACAAGACAUAGGGAUGAAUUUACAAAUUUUUCCAGAAAGCAAAUCUGUCCCAUUUUAACAAAAAUCACCCUAUUGUAAUAUAUUUUAAUUUAACCAAAUGUCCACUUGAUGAUGACUGGUAACCUUUUCUGUUUGUUGCUUUUAAAUUUAACAUCAUCUUUUUAAACAUUUCACACCUAAAAAGAAAUGCUAAAAGUUGGGGCAUUUUUUUUUGGUUAUUGCUAUUGCUCCUUUUGUCCAAGUUUUACAUGUUGAUUCUGAUUUUAAUGUAUGGCUCAUAUAGUCACUGUUGUUAAUAAGCAAUAUGAUACCCCAAUGUGAAGGCUUUUUAAAUACGUUUCUGUUCUUCAGAUGCAAACACUGCCUGAGCAAUUAAAUCUUUGUACACGAAACAUAUCUCGCUCAUGGAUUACAACAGGAAGCCCCGCCCUUGCUUUAUAAAGCUAACCAGCUUUUGCAAA